UGAGGUGCUUUGCCGCCAUCUUGGGGCAUCUACAGGAAAUUGCAAAUAAAAACAAAAGUCACUUCCAUAUUUGGAACGUUAUGUUUGCAGGGGUUCGUAUUUUGAAUGUGGCGCUUUUGCCGCGUGUCCCUAAUCAAUGAAGUGUCCGGCGCGUGGGGAUUUUAAGGGCCUCUCUGCACUAAGCACGGUGAGCGUUUUGCGUCUCCACGGACCUCCCCGGUGGCAGCACGUCAUCACCGCGCAGCUGACGUGUUUCCGGCACGGUCUUGGGGGGGGGGGGGCGUGACGGCGCGCGCUCGAGUCCACGAGAACAUCAACAGCCGCGGAUGAGCUGCGGCUGGAGGCGACACACCGCGUGGACCCCCGCCCCACUCACUCCCCCUGGCUGUCAGACCCCCCCCCCCCAAAACACAAACAUCCCGUUUUUUUUUUUUUUAAGUGGAGCUGGGGCGACUCUUGCAGCCGAAGGGUCCACCUGUGAGCGUCGCGCUGGUUCUGGACGAGGCGUCCGGACCUCCGCCGCCCCCCCCGCCCCCCCCCCCCCCCCUCCACCAGCCAUGGUGGUGUUCAACGGGCAGAUGCGCAUCAGGAUCUGCGAGGCGCUCGACCUGAAGCCCACGGCGUGGUCCCUGCGCCACGCCGUGGGCGCCGCCGCCAAGAGCUCCGGCAAGGGCUUCGUGCUGGACACGUACAUGGCGCUCAACGUGGACGAGUCGCGGGUGGGCCAGACGUGCACGCGGCCGCGCACCAACAGCCCCGCGUGGAACGACGACUUCACGGCGGAGGUGCGCGACGGCCGCGCCAUCGAGCUGGCCGUCUUCCACGACGCGCCCAUCGGCUACGACGACUUCGUGGCCAACUGCAUCAUCCGCUUCGACGACCUCCUGCACGGCGGCGCCAAACACUUCGAGCAGUGGGUGGACCUGGAACCCGAGGGGAAGGUUUACGUCAUCAUUGAUCUCUCGGAAUCCACGAGUGAAGCGGUGACGGUCAGCAGCGACAAUGAGGAGCGCGUCUUUCGCCAGCGGAUGCGUCCCAGGAAGCGUCAGGGCGCCCUUCGCCGGCGGGUCCACCAGGUCAACGGCCACAAGUUCAUGGCCACCUACCUGAGGCAGCCCACCUACUGCUCGCACUGCCGGGACUUCAUAUGGGGCGUGUUAGGCAAGCAGGGCUACCAGUGUCAAGUGUGCACGUGCGUGGUCCACAAGCGCUGCCACGAGCUCAUCAUCACCAAGUGCGCCGCCAUGAAGAAGCAGGAAGACAAAGCGGAGGAGCCGGUGGCCUCGCAGAGGUUCAGCGUCAACCUGCCGCACAAGUUCCGCAUCCACAAUUUCAAAGUCCUCACGUUCUGCGACCACUGCGGCUCGCUGCUGUGGGGGCUGCUCAGGCAAGGGCUGCAGUGCAAAGCGUGUAAGGUGAACGUCCACCGGCGCUGCGAGAGCAACGUGGCGCCCAACUGCGGCGUGGACGCGCGCGGGAUCGCCAAAGUCCUGUCCGACCUCGGAGUCACGCCGGACAAGAUCUCCAACAGCACGCAGAGGCGCCAAAAGUCAGCGCACCCGCAGCUCCCUCAGGUUCACGACCCGGAGCGGCUUCCCGGCUUGCCUCGGACGGGAGAGGACCGGUCCAGGUCGGCCCCGACGUCUCCGUCCGACCCGGACGCCAAAGAGCUGGACAACAUCCGCAAAGCGCUGUCCUUCGACCACCGCGGCCGCGAGUUGUCGGCCGUCGCCGCGGCGACGGAAGGCCGUCGGGAAAACGGCGAGGUCGAGGGUCACGGCGCCGCUCAGCCCAAGAGGAUCGACCUGAGUGACUUCGUGUUUAUCAAAGUGCUGGGAAAAGGAAGUUUUGGAAAGGUGAUGCUGGCCGAGCUGAGGGGCGGCGACGAGGUCUACGCCGUCAAGGUGCUGAAGAAGGACGUCAUCCUGCAGGACGACGACGUGGACUGCACGCUGACCGAGAAGCGCAUCCUGGCGCUGGCCCGCAAGCAUCCCUACCUGACGCAGCUGCACUGCUGCUUCCAGACCAAAGACCGCCUCUUCUUCGUGAUGGAGUACGUGAACGGCGGCGACCUGAUGUUCCAGAUCCAGCGCUCCAGGAAGUUCGACGAGGCCCGCUCGCGAUUCUACGCCGCCGAAGUCACGUCGGCGCUGAUGUUCCUGCACCGGCACGGCGUCAUUUACAGGGACUUGAAGCUGGACAACAUCCUGCUGGACGCGGACGGACACUGCAAGCUGGCAGAUUUCGGCAUGUGCAAGGAGGGCAUCCUCGACGGGGUCAGCACCAACACCUUCUGCGGGACGCCAGACUACAUCGCGCCCGAGAUCCUCCAGGAGCUGGAUUACGGCCCUUCGGUGGACUGGUGGGCCCUGGGGGUCCUGAUGUACGAGAUGAUGGCGGGGCAGCCUCCGUUCGAGGCCGACAACGAGGACGACCUGUUCGAGUCCAUCCUGCACGACGACGUCCUCUACCCGGUCUGGCUGAGCAAGGAGGCCGUCGGCGUCCUCAAAGAGUUCAUGAUCAAAAAUCCCAACAAGCGUCUGGGCUGCGUGGCGGCCCACGGCCUGGAGGACGCCAUCAAGCUCCACCCCUUCUUCAGGGAGAUCGACUGGACGCUGCUGGAGGCCCGCAAGAUGCAACCGCCGUUCAAGCCUCGCAUCAAAACCAAACGGGACGUGAACAACUUCGACCAGGACUUCACACGAGAGGAACCCGUCCUGACGCCGGUGGACGACAGCGUGGUCAAGCAGAUCAACCAGGACGAGUUCAAAGGUUUCUCCUACUUUGCGGAGGACAUUGCGGCGUAGACGCGACCGCGUAGCAACCCGAUCGCGGAGCUCUCGCGACCCGUACGGCGGCGUCUCGGCGGAAACAAAAGUCAACCUCGGCUGAUUCUUCGCCGGGAAUUAGACCAGGCCGCCCGUGAUCCGAUGUGUGAUUUCUAGCAUUUUGUAGCGCUGAGGAACCCAAGUCACCGUUCAUUUUUGUGCGUGUGCGUACCCUCUCACACACGUGAGCUUCAUGGUGUCGUUUCCUACGUCCGUCGCUUUUCUCGUGCUUAUACUUCCUUUUUUGCUUUCGAUGUCAUCGAUACAUUGAAAGUUCACAAAGUGCAUUGGUGUCAUUCAACGCAGAGUUGUCAAAACUGUUGGACAUCCUUCUGACAUUUUCAACAUUUUUCUAUUUUUAGUUAGUUUAGUGACUUUGGGUCAGAACCUGUGGGUCAAAGUUCAUCUCGUGUGCACAAGCGACAUUCUUACACCUCGAAGCUGAGUACCAGAAGAAUCCUGUUUUUUGGGCUAUUUUUUUCUUUUUUUCUGGGGUUUUUUUUGGGACUAAUAAUUUUUCCCACUAUUUUUUUCUGUUUUUCUGAGUAAUUUUUUUCUCCAUGUUUUUCAGACUGAUUUUUUUUCCCCUCAUUUUUUUGUGCUAUUUUUUUUUCCUGAGUUAUCGAACUCACACGAGAAACCGUGAACAACAAGUGACUCUUGGAGGACUGCGUAAUAAGGAAAAUGACCAUCUUAUUUACUUUGAUCAAAUUUUAUUUAUUAUUCUAUCUGUCCCAACAACUCUGAAAAAAUAGCCCGAAAAACAGAGGGGAAAAAUUAGUCCAAAAAACUGAAAAAAGUAGUCUAAAAAAACGGGAAAAAAUAUUAGUCCAAAAAACAGGAAAACAUAGCCCGAAAAACGGGGGAAAAAUAUUAGUCCAAAAAACAGAAAAUAAAUAGCCCGAAAAACAGAAAAAAAAAAACAAGUGACAUUCUUUCAACUUGAAGCUGAGUACCAGAAGAAUUUUUGUGUUUUGAGCUAUUUUUUUCUGUUGUUUUUUUUUCACUAAUAUUUUUACCCCCAUUUGUUUCUUUUUUCCGGAUUAAUUUUUUCUCCAAGUUUAUCGGACUGAUUUUUUUCCCCCUCUUUUUAUCAGGCUAUUUUUUUUCUGAAUUAUCGGGACAGAUCGAACUCACGGGAGAACCCGUGAACAAGUGACUCUUGGCGGACUCUGUAAUAAGGAAAAUGACCAUCUUAUUUACUUUGAUCAAAUUUUAUUUAUUAUUCUAUCUGUCCCAAUAAUUCGGAAAAAAAUAGCCCGAAAAACAGAGGGGAAAAAUUAGUCCAAAAAACUGAAAAAAGUAGUCUAAAAAAACAGGAAAAAAUAUUAGUCCAAAAAACAGGAAAACAUAGCCCGAAAAACGGGGGAAAAAUAUUAGUCCAAAAAACAGAAAAUAAAUAGCCCGAAAAACAGAAAAAGAAAACAAGUGACAUUCUUUCAACUUGAGGCUGAGUACCAGAAGAAUUUUUGUGUUUUGAGCUAUUUUUUUUCUGUUGUUUUUUUUUCACUAAUAUUUUUACCCCCAUUUGUUUCUUUUUUCCGGACUAAUUUUUUUCUCCAAGUUUAUCGGACUGAUUUUUUCCCCCCUUUUUAUCAGGCUAUUUUUUUCUGGAUUAUCGGGACAGAUCGAACUCACGCGAGAACCCGUGAACAACAAGUGACUCUUGGCGGACUCCGUAAUAAGGAAAAUUACCAUGUUAUUUACUUUGAUCAACUUUUAUUUAUUAUUUUAUCUGUGCCAAUAACUCAGGAAAAAAAAUUGCCUGAAAAACAUUAAAAAUAAAAAAAUUUGUCCAAAAAAACUGAAAAAAGUAGUCUGAAAACCGGGGGAAGAAAUAGCCCGAAAAAACAGAAAAGAAUAAGACGGAAAAACAGAAAAAAAAAUUGCCAGUAAAACAGGUAGAAAAAAUUAGUCCAAAAAAUGGGGAAAAAAUAUUAGUCCAAAAAACAGAAAAAAUAAGGUGGAAAAAAAGAAAAAGAAAACAGCGACAUUCUUUCACCUCGAAGCUGAGCACCAGAAGAAUUUUUUUGGAGCUCUUGAGUCACAGGCAAAAAAUGAUAACACACCGUCGUACCUUGACUUACAAGCGCCCCAACUUGCUAGUUUUUACCACCACAAGGCAAAAUUGUCGACUGCGGGAGGCCUUCAUAUUUGUCGUCGCUCCAAUGAAGUGGAUAUUAAUGGAGCUAUUAAGGUACAGUAGACCUCCGCAUACUUUUUUUUUUCUUUUCACCCAAUAUAUUUUCCCUUUUUUAAUUUUUUUUUUGUUCUAGUUGUUUCGGAUCAACCAGCCCUAAAAGCACCAAUCCGCGGUUUAGCGGCGCCUAUUGUUUUAUUUUGUUUUUUUUGUGGGGGGGUGGGCUGGGGCUAAAUACAGUUAUAAUGGCUGUCAAUUAUCCACAGUUCUCCAUUUAUCGCAGUCCAGCUUGGCCCUGCGGGGGUCUUCGGUACGGACUGUAAGGCCUUUGCAUGUGGGCAAGGCGAGCCACAGUCGGAGCCUCAGUUUUUGAUUAAUCAAUUCCAAAAAGUCUGAUCAAAAACCAAAACAAUAUUUCCCAUAGGAAAGAAUGUAAAUAAUGUAGGUUCUACGCUAGAGAAUCGAGGCGUCCAAAAAUAUUGACAAAACUUACAUAGUGUCGAGAAUAAAUAUAAUUUCACUGACAGAAAUAGCGAGAAAACAUCCGUAUUGCACUCUU